GUCGUCUCCCUCCUUUACCCCACCCCCCCGCCCCCCCCUCUCUUCCUUUUUCGCUCUGCAGGACUGAGCAGCCAGACACGAGAGAAAACAAACAGCUGGGGCUGCAAGUGCCCCCGCUCCGGCCCCGAGAGCACGCCGGUCCGGGCCCCUACUCGGAGUGCCCGCCCGCCCACCAUGAGGAAGAUCCGCGCCAAUGCCAUCGCCAUUCUAACCGUAGCCUGGAUCCUGGGCACUUUCUACUACUUAUGGCAGGACAACCGAGCCCAUGCAGCAUCCUCCGGCGGCCGGGGCGCGCAGAGGGCCGGCGGGAGGCCGGAGCAGCUCCGCGAGGACCGCACCAUCCCUCUCAUUGUGACAGGAACGCCCUCGAGAGGCUUUGAUGAGAAGGCAUACCUGGCAGCCAAGCAGCUGAAGCCGGGAGAGGACCCCUACAGGCAGCAUGCCUUCAAUCAGCUGGAGAGCGACAAGCUGAGCCCCGACCGGCCCAUCCGGGACACCCGCCAUUACAGCUGCCCCUCCGUGUCCUACUCUUCGGACCUGCCGGCCACCAGCGUCAUCAUCACCUUCCACAAUGAGGCCCGCUCUACACUCCUGCGCACAGUGAAGAGUGUCCUGAAUCGAACUCCUGCCAGCCUGAUCCAGGAGAUCAUUCUAGUGGAUGACUUCAGUUCAGAUCCUGAAGACUGUCUGCUCCUGACCAGGAUUCCCAAGGUCAAGUGCCUGCGCAAUGACCGGCGGGAAGGGCUGAUCCGGUCCCGAGUUCGUGGGGCAGAUGUGGCCGCAGCUGCUGUCCUCACCUUUCUGGACAGCCACUGCGAAGUGAACACCGAGUGGCUGCAACCGAUGCUGCAGCGGGUGAAGGAGGACCACACCCGUGUGGUGAGCCCCAUCAUUGAUGUCAUCAGUCUGGAUAAUUUCGCUUAUCUUGCUGCAUCUGCUGACCUUCGAGGAGGAUUCGACUGGAGCCUGCAUUUCAAGUGGGAGCAGAUUCCUCUUGAGCAGAAGAUUGCCCGGACAGACCCCACCAAGCCCAUUAGGACACCUGUCAUAGCUGGAGGAAUCUUCGUGAUUGACAAGUCCUGGUUUAACCAUUUGGGAAAGUAUGAUGCCCAGAUGGACAUCUGGGGAGGAGAGAAUUUUGAGCUCUCCUUCAGGGUGUGGAUGUGCGGAGGGAGCUUGGAGAUCGUGCCCUGCAGCCGUGUGGGCCACGUCUUCAGGAAGCGGCACCCCUACAACUUCCCUGAGGGCAAUGCCCUCACCUACAUCAGGAACACCAAGCGCACUGCAGAGGUGUGGAUGGAUGAAUACAAGCAGUAUUACUAUGAAGCCCGGCCCUCAGCCAUCGGGAAGGCCUUUGGCAGCGUGGCCACGCGGAUUGAGCAGAGGAAGAAGAUGAACUGCAAGUCCUUCCGCUGGUACCUGGAUAAUGUGUACCCAGAGCUCACUGUCCCUGUGAAGGAAGUGCCAGGCAUCAUUAAGCAGGGGACUAACUGCCUAGAAUUCCAAGGCCAGGACACGGCUGGCAACUUCCUGCUCGGAAUGGGGGUCUGCAGAGGGUCUGCCAAGAACCCCCCAGUGGCCCAGGCGUGGCUAUUCAGUGACCAUCUCAUCCAGCAGCAGCGGAAAUGCCUGGCUACCACUUCCACCUCUGUCUCCCCUGGAACCCUGGUCGUACUGCAGAUGUGCAACCCAAGAGAAGGCAGGCAGAGAUGGAGGAGAAAAGCCUCUUUCAUCCAGCAUUCAGUCAGCGGCCUCUGCCUGGAGGCCAAGCCCACACAGCUGGUGACCAGCAAGUGCCAGGCCGACAUCCCAGCCCAGCAGUGGCAGCUGUUGCCACACACAUGACCGUAGCCCCAGGCCUCCUGUACUUUUUGCAUGAGACUUUGGGACCGGAAGGGGGUUAGGGUGGGGGAGUACAAAGCAGGCCGUUUCCAUCUCCUCACAUUUCUGCCAGAAUCAUCAGCAAACACCGCUGCCACACCACACGAUUCUCCAAAGCUUGUACGGGGAGGAUGCAGGGGGGAUGGAUGCCCCGCUGCCCUGGCCGCCGUCCCCGCCUCGCCCGGGGAGAGGAGCCGGUCGGGAUGCUGGACUGCUGCUGAGCAGAGACUGGACUGAUGCCCUGGCCCUUUGUUCCCUCCCUUUGCCCUUCCAGGGCCCAGAUAGGGGUUUGGGGCCCUCCUCUUGUUGGCUGGGGAGAGCGAGGACAGAGGCUCGCACCAGUCCUGCUGGGUCAGGGGGCUGCCCGUGGGAUUGGGCAUGAGAGGAGAGUGUGGGCAACAUUGGAUGGGAGGCAGGCUGAAGGUAGAGGAAGGGGCAGUCCAUGGGGGCGGGUAGAGAACAGGAAGACGUGAGGAGCUCAGUGGCCUGUCCUAGGCAGGUGCUGGGGCGGGGUUGAGGGGCAGCUGGAGCGAUGGGAUCUGGGCAAAGGAUGGAUGAUCUGCAGAAGGAAGAACUGCAGACAGAAAAGCAGCAAAGCACUGAAAGAGUGGAUUUCUCCCCAGGACCUAGUUCCUCCCACACGUACCAGUCCCAGGGCCCUGUGCCUCCAGUCCUGCGCUCUGGUCCCCAUGUACUCAGCAAGGGGCUACAAGGGGAUCUCUGGGGGCAGCCUCGGGAAUACAGUUAUUAAACAGAUCCCACUUCUGUUUGGAUAAGUGUCAGGACUAGAGCUCUCCCUCGGGCCUUAACAACCAGCCGGUGCCCUGGCCCCCUCCCCCGGGCGCACCAUGUGGACCCCGUAAGAACAGGUACCAUCCUAGUUUUUGACUCCUGCCUUCUCCAAAGCCCUUGCCUUUGUAAAUACAGUGUUUCAGGGUCAGAUGGCCAGUAAGGUAAGAGCAGGGCCCUCCAUUCUGGAACAUCGACAUUCCCUGAGUCACGGAGUGUAAGCCAUCCAGGUAGGACUCAUCCUCACCCCUCCCGGCUGCAGGAUGGAAGCCCUUGGGGUUUAGCCGCUGCGGUGGCCUGGAGGCUGGCCGGUGGCCCCUGUUUGUGCAGAGCUCCCUCUUCCUUCUCACAGCCCCUGGGCCUCUUCUUCCCCUACCUCAGGGUCUGAUCUUAGAACCACUUCCGCUGUUUCCCACGUUCCUCUUCCCCGCCCCACUGGCUCAGGCGGUGUGAUCUUAGGCAGAAGACUGGUGGUACCAGGAACCCCAUGGAGGUCUCCCAUCCAAAGCAAAUCAGCCUGGAGUCCCCUAGGGAGUUUAUGGAUUCCAGAGAGCCUAGGUACUCCUGAAAUUGUCCCCCAAGUAGUGCAUGUGUGUGCAUAUAUGCGUUUUCCUGGGGAGAGGGUCCAUGGAUUUCUCCAGUUUCAUACAGAGAGAGGCCUCUGAUCCCCUAAGGGUCUGAACUACUCUGGACCGGAGCUACCUGUCACCGGAGCUGCCACUCCCCUCCCCCUCCCUGGUGUGCCUAAACUGCUAGGGGCCUGCUCCCUCCAUGCGGCCCUUGGGGCCGUGGUCUGCAGCGCCCACCCUGGAGGGUUCUCACCAGUGUCCUCUCAGCAGUACUCCUGUGCCCCGAUGGGCACCCCCUGGGCUCACCAGUGUGGAGCGCUUGGCCCCUAGGGCCACACUUCUGUCCUCUGUGUGAUGUUUCAUCCUCCGCCAUCUCUGUUGUGCGUGUCCACCCUGGCGGACAGCAUGGACCUUUAGGGACAGGGAGCGUGGGCAUCUCUCAUUGAAUGUAAGAGGACUGCUGCUCAGAGAGCCUUUGAGAGGGCCCCCUCCUUCCCUGUGAUCAGACUGGGCUCGGCACUUGUCUGCGGUCCUUUGAGACUCAGCCCUGUUCUGUUUUUGCUUUUCCUCUUCUUGACCAAAGCAUGUGCCACUUGCUGUCCCUGAGGACCUCGUCUUUAUGAAAAACACCUGGAAUAAAACCACUUCUCUCAUGCACAUGUG